CAUCUCCCUUGACUCCAGUAUAUCAGAAAACAGAAGAUCCGAAGCCUCUGUCAAUCUGUUGUCCAGCAUGUGGAUGAUGAGACUCUGGGCCAAAUUAUGUGUUCUAUGGGGAAUGUCGAUGGCUCCUGGCUUGGUGAUAGCGAGUCCUUUAGGCAAAGAAUUUGCCACAGCGUUCAUGCAGAAUGGUUUGCAACAAACGUCGCAGGCGGAUUUCACCCUGAUGGUCUCGGGAUACGCUCCUAACACGUCUAUCAUAAUUUACAUGAAGAGGCCAGCAUUGAGGGCAAAGGCCACAGUGAAUGCAGGUCAAACCCUGUCCGUGAAAAUCCCACGUGAAGCGGAGAUGGUUGGGACCGGUUUAUUUGACAGCACGGUCACUGUCCGAGCCGACAAAGAUAUCUCCAUCCUCUCUGCCAGUCACAAAACCAAUUCAAUCGAUACUACCAUUGUCUACCCAGUGACAAGUUUAGGAACUGAGUACUUUGUUGUCACUCCAACUGUAGGGACAGAACGCUAUCGAGAGUUUGCCAUCAUCGCCUGGGAAGAGCCCACACUGGUUGAUGUGUACCUCAAAGGGACUGUGACGUUUCAGGGAAAAAAAUAUUCCCAUGGCAGCAAGAUCUCCAUUACGCUUAGUCCCUACCAAGCUGUCCAGCUCCAAAGUGGGGUGGAUGUCUCUGGCACAAGAAUCGUCUCUCAGAAAACAGUGGCUGUCUACAGCGGCCACACGUGUGUCUCUAGGCAAGUCCAUUGUGAUCAUGUUUCUGAGCAGCUGUUGCCUGUUUCUAGCUGGGGUACCAACUUCAUUGUCCCCUCUAUGCCCUUUGACACAGGGUACGACAUAGUGUAUGUUUCUUCUUCUCAAAAAACUCACGUUGAUUCCCAAACUGGAGGAAGCAAGACCAGCCGAGUCUUGGCCGCUGCUCGAUCGACCCUGUAUGGCAUUCAAGGCUCGACUGCUUUGUUCCUUUCCGCUGCCUCGGGCAUCCAAGUUACCUUCUUCUGUGAUGGGGGCACUCACAAUAACUUCCACUACGGCCCUUUCUUCAUGGCAAUCCCCGCUGUCUCUAGCUACUGUCAAGCCUACAACAUCUAUGGGCAUGACCAGUUUGAGAACUACGCGCUGAUCAUUGCCAAAUCAUCGGAGGCUUCUGGGAUCACCUUGGACAAGCGGCCAUUGAGAAAUCUCCAGUGGAAUCCAGUUUCUGGCACUGAAUUCUCCUGGGCAUGGCACAGCCUGGGCCGCAGAGCCGUAGUCCACGUCGUGGAGCACCCCACAGCUGUCUUUGGGCUGCUGAGUGUUGGGGUUGGAAACGAGAAGGCAUAUGGCUCCCCCGCAGUUUGUGCGAAAGGGCAAGCAUGA